UCCUGUAAACAAAGCAGCAGCUGUCCGUCUGUCAGAUUCCUGUACUUUCGCUCAUUUUGUACACCCUCUUCACCCUUUUUUCGACGAUGGCCCACGCAGGAGUGGUUCUGGACAAGGACCAGUUUAACUGCUCGAUAUGUCUGGACGUGCUGAAGGAUCCUGUGACCAUCCCGUGCGGACACAGCUACUGCUCGGACUGUAUACAGAACUACUGGGACCAGGACGACUACCUGGGGGUCUUCGUCUGCCCGCAGUGCAGGCAGAACUUCAACCCGAGGCCGCUGCUCGCCAGGAACACCAUGUUGGCCGACGUGGUGGAGAAAUUCAAGAAGACCGGACUCCAAGAGGACACGACGCCUUCAAACAGUUUCGCGGAGGCCGACGACGUGGAGUGCGACGUCUGCACCGGGAGAAAAAACAAAGCUGUGAAGUCUUGUCUGGUGUGUCUGGCCUCCUACUGCGACGUCCACGUUCAGCCGCACUACGAAUCUGCUGCUUUCAAGAAACACAAGCUGGUGUCGGCCUCCAAGAAGCUCCACGAGACGAUCUGUGCCCGACACGACAAGCUGCUGGAGGUGUACUGCCGCACAGACAAGCAGUGCAUCUGUUACCUGUGUCUGACUGGUGAGCACAAAGGGCACGACACGGUGCUGGCGGAGGAAGAGAUACAGCAGAAGCAGAGGCAGCUUGGUGACAUAAAGCAGAGCUCCCAGUUGAGAAUUCAUCAAAGGGAAAAGGAGACCCAGGAACUGAGACAUGCCAUUUUCUCUCUCACUCGCGCUACUCGGUCAGCAGCCGAGGAGAGUGAUGCCGUCUUUACCGAACUGAUCCGGUUGAUCGAGCUGAAGCGCUUUGAGGUGAGAGAGCUGAUCAAAGCCCAGGAAAAGAUGGCUGUCAGUCAGGCAGAGCAGCUGCUGGAGAAGCUCCAGAAGGAGGUCGCUGAGCUCAAGAAGAACGAGGCCGAACUGGAUAAACUUUCCCACACUGAGGACCAUAUCAUUUUCCUACAGAGUUGUCAGUCUCUUGAUGCUCCACCUGAGCUGUCAGCUUUGCCUUUAAUCACAGCUGACCCCUCUGUCACCUUUGGCCCAGUGAUGACCGCCUUGUCAGAUUUUAAAGGACUGUUGCAGGAGGUCUGCCAGAGUGGAUUUGUCAGCAUCUAUGAGAGAGUAAGAGAUGUAGUAAUCGUAAAUCCUCCAAAUCCUGCUGCACAGCUAGACACAACACAGCCCAGUGACGGUGAGCCGGCCGUACAAAUGGAAGCAACAGUAGUGAUCCCUCCACCUGGCCUAGACCAAAGUCCUGUGAACCCUCUCAACCCUUUCCUCACUCAAGGACAUGCGUUGUCAACCUUUGCCUUCUCACCAUUUGGCUCCAAACUCUCCUCGGGAUCCAGACAGAGGCACGUUCAGCGGCGCGCUCACCCCAGGAGGAAAUAAACUCGUAGUGGACAUCAAAAAUCAACAUUCACAUGCACCUACACGGGCUGAAUGUUGUUUUACCUGAGUUCUCCCCUCUUCUUACGCUCAAUAUUGUUUUCACCAGUCAGCUACACUUGCAUCAAGCAUUAUAGUGCCGGUGAACAGAGAUGAGGAAAGCAUUUCUAAGUGCCACAGAAGACUUCAUUGACAGUGCAUUUAAUUAGCAGGACUAACUUACUACAUUUAAUUUAAGUAUUUGCAAGGAAAUUGCCUUGAAAGUAAGGUAUUAGUUUUUUUUUAACAAUGUUGUGCUUUUAUAAUUAUUUGUCAUUGUUUGAAACAAAACUACAAAAAAAUCUUUUGCUUUCCAGAUACAUGGAAUAUGAUUUUGUGACAUGCUGACAUUAAAAAGGCAAACAGACUCGUACAAA